AUGAAGACUCUUUUGCUUCUCCUGUUGCUCUGUGUGACCAUCUCCUCUGCUUUUCCUGUGGCUCCAGAAACAGAAGAUGAAGGAAAAACCCUGCAGCUGGUAGAGAGCUAUCUACGGAAUUUCUACGAUUUCCAAAGGGAUCACCAUCCUCAUUUAAGAAGCAACAAUGAAAAUCGCCUUGUUGAAAAGCUGAAGGAAAUGCAGGCAUUCUUUGGACUGAAAGUGACUGGGAAACCUGACCUUGACACCUUGGGGAUGAUGAAAAAGCCCAGAUGUGGUGUCCCUGAUAUAGGGCGAUAUGUGUUCACAGCAGGAAAUCCCAAAUGGAAAAAAAAUAAUCUGACAUACAGGAUUCUGAAUUAUACUCCAAAAAUGAGACAAGCUGAUGUAGAGGAAGCAGUCCGAAAAGCUCUCCACGUCUGGAGCAAUGUGACACCAUUAACAUUCCAGAGGGUUGAGGACAAAGAAGCAGAUAUAAUGAUCUCUUUUGCUUAUAGAGAUCACCGUGACAACUCUCCCUUUGAUGGCCCCAAUGGGCAGCUGGCUCAUGCUUUCCAGCCUGGGGAGGGUAUCGGUGGAGAUGUGCAUCUCGAUGAGGAGGAAGCCUGGACAAAAGAUGGAAGAGGCUAUAAUUUGUUCAUUGUUAUUGCCCAUGAGCUUGGCCACUCAUUGGGUCUGUCUCAUUCAAGUGAUCCUGGGGCCCUGAUGUAUCCAGCUUACUCCUACACCGACCCCAAAGAAUUCCUUCUUCCUCAGGAUGACAUUGAUGGCAUUCAAGCCAUCUAUGGCCAGUCUAAUGCUGCUGUGCAGCCAACAGGACCCAUAACCCCACAAGCCUGUGAUCCAAACUUGACAUUUGAUGCUAUUACUACCCUACGUGGAGAAAUAAUGUUCUUCAAGGGCAGAUAUAUGCUGCGCAAACAUCCUGCGAGGGCAGAGACGGAACUCAAUUUUAUAUCACUGUUCUGGCCAAACUUGCCAUCAGGAAUUCAAGCUGCUUAUGAAAACGUCGAGAGGGAUGAAGUUUUGCUUUUUAAAGAGGAUAAAUACUGGGUUCUCCGGGGAUACGACGUUGCACCUGGUUAUCCGAAACCAAUCUAUCGUUUGGGGUUCCCGAAGACUGUUAAAAGAGUUAAUGCAGCUUACAGUGAUGAAACCACAGGGAAGACAUACUUCUUCGUAGCUGACAGAUACUGGAGAUAUGAUGAAAAUAAAAGGUCCAUGGAUCACGGAUACCCCAGGAAAAUAGUCUCUGACUUUGGGAAAAUUGGCAGAGUUGAUGCCGCUUUCCAGAAAGAUGGCCAUGUCUAUUUCUUCCAUGGAACAACUCAGUUCCAGUUUGACCCUCGUGCCAAACGGAUUGUCGGACGAAUGAAAAGCAUCAGCUGGUUUAAUUGCUAG